CUCGCCCCCUCCCCUCGCUGUCCACUCGGGAUUAUCUCCAUCGUCGUGCCGCUGAGAUGUCUACUCCAGAUGCAGCAGGCACCCCGGGAGUCCCCGACUCUGAAGGGGGCCCCCCGGCGGCGGCCCCCAACCUGACCAGUAACAGGCGACUUCAGCAAACGCAGGCGCAGGUGGACGAGGUCGUGGACAUUAUGCGUGUGAACGUGGACAAAGUCCUGGAGAGGGACCAGAAGCUGUCUGAGCUGGAUGACCGUGCUGAUGCCCUGCAGGCCGGAGCCUCGCAGUUUGAAAGCAGCGCCGCCAAGCUCAAAAACAAGUACUGGUGGAAAAACUGCAAGAUGAUGAUCAUCAUGGCGAUUGUAGGCGUCAUAUUCUUUGGCGUCAUCUUCUUGUAUUUCUUCUACUAAGUCAAACUUGGGCCCCCCCCCUCGUCUGCCCUCACGUGCUUCCUGCUCGUCACGGACGCCUUCCUCACACUUUGCUAUGGCUGCUGGCUAACGCCGACCUCUGUGUUUAAGUAUUCAUGUGGUAACUGCAUACACAACCAAAAUAUUUGCAUUUCAAAUGUGCCCUGCCUUGUCCAAUCAUAUCCUCAUGUCUUCUGAAAAAGCUGCCCCCUUGUGGACAGUUAAGUUACUGCUAGUAAAUGUUUGUUGUCACUUUAAAUUGAGGCUUAAAGUGAAUAUUGUGAUUGUAUUAUCAAUAAAACAUGUUUAAA